ACCUCAGAGUCUUCUCACCGUAACUCAGGUGAACUCACAUCUCCCUUCAACAUGUCCUACAGCUGCUGCUCUGGAAACUUCUCCUCCCGCUCCCUUGGGGGCUACCUGCGCUACCCAAGCUUCUCCUGUGGCUCUUCCUACCCCAGCAACCUGGUCUACCGCACUGACCUCUGCUCUCCCAGCACCUGCCAGCUGGGCUCCUCCCUCUACAGCGGCUGUCAGGAGACCUGCUGUGAGCCCACCAGCUGCCGGACGUCCUGCAUGGUGUCCAGCCCCUGCCAGACGUCCUGCUCCCUCCCGAGGACCUCCACGUUCUGCAGCCCCUGCUGGACUGCUUACCCUGGGUCUGUGGGCUGUGGGUCCAGUGGCUUCAGACCUCUGGGUUAUAGAGUCUGUGGUUUCCCCUCCCUGAGCUAUGGAUCCAGUUUCUGUCGCCAAUCUAUUUUCCUUUGA